UUUUUUUUUUUUGGUCUCUUUUUCUGUUCAACUCCGUAAACUUGGAAGCACUCUGUGGAGCUGCUCUGACUCGUCUGCCGGUGUUAAAGCAGGAUACGCGGCUGUGGAAUGGCUUUGCUGACCUUGCACAGAACCCCAUCUGUUUCCACGACACCGGAUGAGCCUAUUCUAAGAAGAGGAAGACUUCAGAAAAGAGAAAGUUUCGCCCUGGUUAAGGGGGCAGUGCUCCUGGUGGGAGAGGGAGAGAGGGAGGGAUCACAGGAAGAAACCGUGCCCUCUCUGCUAGGUCCUAGGCACGGAGGCCGAGCCUCUGACACUCAGCACAGACAUUUGCACGCAAUGAUUUCGUUACUACGACCAGAAGACACACUCAAACUGGCUGUGCGUUUGGAGUCAGUGAGCCCAGUCAGAGUGAGGUAUUUGCUUAUAAUCGGCACACUUAACAAAAAACAGGAGAGUCUAAUACUUGGCAUGGACUUCCCAGGGUCAAACAGUGAUGAGUGCACUAUUGGACUUGUCUUGCCAAUAUGGAGUGACACACAGGUUUACCUUGAUGGAGAUGGAGGUUUCAGUGUGACAUCUGCAGAAGUGACACGAAUCUUUAAGCCUGUGUCCAUUCAGACGAUGUGGUCAGUGUUGCAGGCACUGCAUGGCUGCUGUGAACGGGCCGUGCGUGGGGCUGUCAUACCAGGCUGCGGGCUGGAGUGGGCACACCAUUACAGAGGGAAUGUGGAAUCUGACCAGCACUGCCUUAAUGAAUGGGCGGUCAUGACUGGCCUGGAGUCAGUCAGGAGGGACAAGGGAACACGCUCAUCAUUGAAUCGGGAGUCAGUGGAGAAGGACAUCAAAGCCCAACUACGAGAUAUCAUGAGGACUGAGGACUUAGAAAACAUUACCUCAAAGCAGGUGCGAACAGCCCUGGAGUCCAGAAUAGGCAUAGACAUGAAGGACUACAAAGAGUAUAUUGACAAUGAGAUGAUGGUCACAAUGGCACAGAUGGACAAACCUUCCAGAAUCUUGGACUACCUUUACUUGGGUUCCGAAUGGAAUGCUGCCAAUUUUGAAGAACUACAGAAGAACAAUGUGGGCUACAUCCUCAAUGUUACCAAGGAGAUUGACAACUUUUUCCCAGAAUCCUUCACCUAUAUGAAUAUUAGAGUUUACGAUGUGGAAGCGACCGACCUACUCUCAUACUGGAACAACACAUACAUGUUCAUCAGUGAAGCAAGGAAGAGUGGACAAGCCAUACUGGUGCAUUGUAAGAUGGGCGUCUCUCGCUCUGCCUCCACAGUAAUUGCUUACCUGAUGAAGCAGCAGGGCUGGACAUUAGACGAAGCCCUCAACCACGUGAGAGAAAAACGGUCUAUAGUGCAGCCCAAUGAAGGUUUCCUCAAACAGCUGCAUACGUACAGUGGCAUCCUCAAUGCCAGUAAACAGCGGCACAGUGCCCUCUGGAGGAGGAAGUCCAAGCCAGAAGUCCGCCAGCCAUCUGUCCACAACGAUGCAGCCACAGGGAGUGAACAGGAACAGAAAGAGGAAGACUCCGAGAGCCCAGAAGACGAAAGCAGUUACGAGGAGGAGGAAAUCGAUGUCUUUGAUGAGCAUCUGGAUGAGAGUGUUCCCGACACGUCUGGGGCAGAUACAGCUCCAUCCAACCCACUUAUUACUGUACAAGAAAGUGAUAAGGUGUCACCUAGCCCUAGCAGAAGUGGCAGGAUGGAUUUAUUCUCUCUCAUGCAGUCUAUUCAGCUUGACGAUGAGGACAGAGGGCUAGAUAAAGAGGUCACUGUCGGUCAGAGACUUUCUCCUGCGCAACGAAGGCGGAGUCUUGAAAGAAGAGUCUUGACUUGUCAGAGAGCGCAUGUUGAUGUUUCUCCUGAACCAAGCAGCAGACAGUCACCGAACACAAACCAGGAUGAAGCUGGUCUCUGAAGCACUUUAACAAAGGGGCCGUGUUAGGAAAUAUGGAGAAAGAGGAAUAUUCAAAGUGAAAAGGUGAGGAAAAAGAACACUUCUUCUGAUUGUAUCAUUCCAAGUGCUUCGAGGAGUCACUGCAGAAUAAAAUUAGGGAAUUUCUUCAUAUAGUUGCUGUUUCGAGGCUCAUUUAGGUCAUUUCACUUGGAGGCAACAUAAAAGCACAUGGUUACAUAUCAAUGGAUAUCGCACUAAUUUUCCCCUCACCUGUCCGCCUAGUCCAAAACUCAUAAACUGUGGUCAGUUUAGGGGGAUUGUUGAAUAAAAAAAUCAGCCACCACUUGUCAAGUGAGUAUUGUUAAAGGAAUUGUUUUCCUCAGAGCAUUAUCAUUCUAAAUGUCACAUUGUGCCUUUUGAAAUCUCUGUAUCCUUUGCACCUUCAUACUGAGCCAUAGAAUUCAAUAUACUUCACAUAUUUUAAUAUGGUAUUAUAGUGCGAGUGGAGGAUUUCUCUAUGGCUGUUAUCGCUCUUGUCAUUAUACAGAAACAUGAACUAUUAUUCCUCUUGAUAUCAUAGUUUCAUGUUGUUUUUAAUAAAUGAAUAAGAGUGUGAUUCACUCAUUUUAGGAAUCCUAUGCAAUAAAUCUACUUUAUAGCUGUUCCUUCUCCACGAAUGUGAAGCUUUAUGCUGGCUCUGUGGAGAUCAGUAGGUGAAAAAGUGUAGAGAGAGAAAGCACUCAAGGACUUCGAUUUUUCAUAUAUACUACUAUUUAAAAUUUUGGGGUCAGUAAGAAAUCAGUGAAAAAAAUUUUAUUCAGCGAGGAUGCAUUACAUUGAUUGAAAGUGACAUUUAAUUUUAGAAAAUAAGUGCUGUUUCUUAACUUUCUAUAAAAAUGUAUCACGGGUACCGUAAUAAUGUUAGCACAGUUGUUUUCAGCAUUUGGCGAUAAUAAGAAAUCUUUCUGAGCACCAACUCGGCAUAUUAAGAUUUCUAAAAGAUUAUUUGACACUAAAGACUGGAAUAAUGGCUGCUGAAAAUUCAGCUUUGCCGAUUCAGAAAUAAUUUUUAAAUGUAUAGAAACCGUUUAUUUUAAAUUGCA